AACGGUAAAGAAGCAAAAUCCCCAAGAAAACAAACAUUAUUGCUUAGCAUUCGUUGGCAAGAUCUCUCAAGAGAAACCAGUCUCUUACUCUUGAAUUAAACGCGACAACAAACUCGAUAUUUUAUUAUUACGAAACGUUAAAGAAGAUGAUGUUACUGAGAAAUUUAAUUUCGGCUCUGAUCGUAUUGGGAGUUUCUGUUGUUGCCGAACAGCAAGGAUACGACGACGCWGCCCAAGCCGAUGAUGCCGUCCAGGCGUACGACGAUGCUGCUCAGGCGAACGACGAUGCCCAGCAGGCGUAUUAUUAUGAUAACAUAGAUUACAGUGGAGCUUUUUCUGCUGGUGAUGACACGAUCCAAUACUGGACUGAUUAUGCCAUACUCCCGAAACGCUGUAUCGUAUAGUAAGUACAGUGAUGUGMUGAUCGACUGAGGACAUCGAUUCUUUGGAUCUCUCAGAGCAGGAAAGAGAGAACCGAGCAACAAAUUUCCAGCAAGGAUAAUCUAGAACACGAAAAACUCACGCAUUCUUUGCCAUUUUUWAAUUCAGCAACAACGUCGAUGUCAUCGUAUUUUCUGUUCACGAACAGUACUACAAACAGUGUCAAGACAACCCUAUAGGAACAUAUAUUACUCCCGUCCCAAAUUUUUUGCAGGGAUAUCUUCAAUAUUACAUGCAGAUUCAGGAAGACAAGGGAUACGAUGAUUAUGAAUUACCUGAAGUUGCCGAUUACGCCUACUGCACACGAGUCGAGAUUCAAAACCAAGAACUUUAUCUGCAGAUUGGAUGUUCAGACGAAAGCCCCAAUAGCAUCGCCGUCAAUAUUUACGAGGACAACACCUGUACAAAGAGAAGCACUUCCAUCGAUGGGUACGACGAUGCGAACAUUGAUGUUUCUGAAAUCCAGGUAAGCGUUGACGGGUAGACAGACUAGUCGAAUCUUUCUCUUUCAAAAGGAGGAAACCUAUGAAAUGCAGCUUUACUGGCAUCUUAACCUCAUCGGAUUCUUCUACUUUUUCUUUUGAACAAAAGCUUCCUUUCAAGCACUGUCAGUCCUGCGUCAUGUGGGUAGACAAAAAUGACGACGAGAUCGAUGAUAUGUUUUACGAAAAUCGGAAACAAAAUGCUCCAUUGUGUUCAACUGCAUGGAAUUUCAAACAAGAAUGCGACCGCAAAUGUCGUCGAUCCGGACUUGAGUCAAAGACAAAGGAYGGGUGGAACACUCCAGACAAGGUAUUACUAGCUAUUCUGGCUGUUUUUGGAUUUGGUAUGUUGAUAGCCAUUCUCCAAAAGCGACAAAAUAUGUCAAACAAAGAUGCUCUUUUGGAACAGGCGGCCAUGACUGCAGCUGGAUUACAGCAGGUCCAUGUUAUUGGAAUCUUCUUUUUGAUYAUUAUCGUGAUAACAGUAUUUGCGUUGCUGCAACUGAAGAAUAUCACUUGGGCCUUGCUCCUUAUCAUGAAUACUACUCUUUUUGGAUACUURAUGAAAUUGACAGUCGAYAGCGGUGUCAGUGCCGGUGAAACAGUUAUUGGACCAGAUGGGACUAUUAUCCGACACGCUGAUUCGGACGAUUCAAGCGUAGAGAGUGUGACACAAACUCCGAGGAAUAAUGCAGGUACUUACAUGCUACCGACAAUUUCGUAGGUACACCAGUAUUGGUGGUGUCGUCCUCGAUGUUCUUGUCGACUUGUAUCAAUCCUGCCGCCAUAGAAUUAUAACAGUUCUAUCUUCACCGCGUCGUUAUUAUGGAAUGCAAAACAAAACCAUUCCGCAAAACUCAUUGAAACUGUAAGAAAAGGAAUUUUGAUAAAUAGUACUGUAGUAAAUUUUUUUCAUCAAC